AUGGCUGACACCACUGUCUUUCGCGCCUCUACCACGGCCCCUGUCAAUAUUGCUGUUAUCAAGUACUGGGGCAAACGUGACGCAACUCUGAAUCUGCCUACAAACUCCUCUCUUUCCGUCACCCUCUCGCAGCGCUCUCUACGCACUGUGACCACCGCAUCAUGCUCGGCCGUCUACCCCGCCUCAGAAGGUGAUACUCUCACAUUGAAUGGCAAGCCUCAGGAUAUCAACGCCUCCAAGCGGACCCUGGCUUGCUUGGUCAGCCUGCGCUCUCUUCGUAAAGAAGUCGAGUCGGCCAAUGCUUCGCUACCCAAGCUAUCGUCAUACCCGCUCCGUGUUGUGUCCGAGAACAACUUUCCCACAGCCGCGGGGUUGGCCAGCUCUGCUGCCGGAUUCGCAGCCCUUGUUCGGGCCAUUGCAAACCUGUACCAGCUCCCACAGUCUGCUACAGAGCUCAGCCGUAUUGCCAGACAGGGAUCGGGCUCUGCCUGCCGCUCGCUUCAGGGGGGGUUUGUCGCCUGGAGAUCCGGCACCAAGGUGGAUGGAAGCGACAGUCUCGCUGAGGAGGUCGUUCCGGCCUCUCACUGGCCAGAGAUGAGAGCUCUCAUUCUGGUUGUGAGUGCGGAGAAGAAGGAUGUGCCCAGCACAGAAGGCAUGCAGACGACCGUUGCCACGUCACCCUUGUUCGCAACUCGCGCGGAGAGCAUCGUCCCCGGCCGCAUGACGGCCAUUGAAGACGCAAUCCACAAGCGAGACUUCCCCGCCUUUGCCGAUUUGACCAUGCGGGAUUCGAAUAACUUCCAUGCAUGCUGUUUGGACUCGGAGCCACCUAUCUUUUACCUGAACGAUGUCUCGCGCGCUGCCAUUCGCCUGGUCAACGACAUCAACCGCGUGGCUGGCAAGAUUGUGGCUGCCUACACCUUUGACGCCGGCCCGAACGCCGUCAUCUACUAUUUGGACGAAGUCUCCGAAGUCGUUGCCGGAACCUUCAAGGCUAUUUUGGGUGGUCUUGACGGCUGGGACGGCCCCUUCGGUGACAGGCUCAAGUCUGUUUCGGCUGGCGUCGACUUGCAGAAACUCGACUCGAGGGCUAUCGAGUCUCUGAAGAAUGGCCUCAGUCGCGUUAUCCUUACCGGUGUGGGUGAGGGCCCAAUUGAAGUCGACACCCAUCUCGUCAGUGAGACUGGAGCGAUUUUGAGCAGUGAUGAACAAUAA